GCUUUUCCAUCUCUGUCGCGAAUUUUCCCAAGUCCCCUUUUUUCUCGUCGAGUCUCUCCUACAUCCCAGCACUAGAUUUUCAUCGCGACAUCGCCGUCAUCAUGGCUUCUCCACAGCAAAUCCGCACCAAACUGACCGACCUGCUGAAGAUCCAGCACCCCGUCAUGCUCGCGGGCAUGAACGUGGCUGCUGGACCCAGGCUCGCCGCUGCGGUUACGAAUGCUGGAGGUCUCGGUGUUAUUGGAGGUGUGGGAUACACGCCCGACAUGCUUCGCGAGCAGAUUGCCGAGCUCAAGGAGUACUUGAACGACAAGAGCGCGCCCUUUGGUAUCGAUCUGCUUCUCCCUCAGGUCGGAGGCAGCGCGCGCAAGACCAACUACGACUACACAAAGGGCAAGCUGAACGAGCUUGUCGAUAUCGUCAUCGAGUCCGGCGCCAAACUCUUUGUCUCGGCCGUUGGUGUCCCUCCCAAGGCCAUCGUCGAGAAGCUACACAAGGCGGGCGUUCUCUACAUGAACAUGAUUGGACACCCCAAGCACAUCAAGAAGUGCCUCGAUAUCGGUGGAGGUGAGGGUGGAGGACAUACUGGAGACGUCCCAACAUCCAUCUUCAUUCCCGCCGCUGUCAAGAUGGUCCAGGGCCACAAGUCGCCUUUGACCGGUGAGCAGGUCCAGAUUGUCGCUGCUGGUGGUAUCUUCAGCGGCCAGUCGCUCGCUGCCAUGCUCACAUUUGGCGCCGCUGGUGUCUGGGUCGGAACGCGCUUCAUCCUUUCUGAGGAGGCUGGUGCGCCCAAGGCCCACCAGGAAGCCGUCCGCACCGCCAGCUGGGACGACAACAUCCGCACAAUCAUCUUCACCGGACGACCGCUCCGUAUCCGCAACAACCCAUACGUGGCCAACUGGGAAGAGAACAGGCAAAACGAGAUCAAGGAGCUCACAAGCAAGGGCAUAAUACCCGUUGAGCACGACCUGGAGAAGCUCGGCGACGACAUUGACGACGAGACCAUGGACAACGCGCGACCCUUCCUGAUGGGCAAGGUCUCCGCCGUUGUCGAAGAGAAGAAGACUGCACGCGAGAUUGUCGACGAGCUCGUCACCGAUGCCGUCAAGUGGCUGCAGAUUGGAAACUCGAUGAUUGUUUCCAAGCCCAAGCUCUAA